GUUUACAGUGGGGCAAGUAUUUAACUGUUAACUUUUGUGGAUGUCAUUUUUGAACCCACCCUCAAUUUAGCAAUUUUUGUCACAUUUAAAAAAUUGAAUAUAUUAAUUAUAAUAUCAAAUAACAGUCUUUUGAAUUAAAUUCAUAAGAAAAAUAUGACUAUGGAGGAUCUAAUUACAUGUUAUAAUAAAGGAUGUGGCCAGAAAUACAAUCCCAACGAGAAUGACGAAGAAAAAUGCCAAUUUCAUCCUGGACAUCCAGUUUUUCAUGAUGCAUAUAAAGGAUGGUCAUGCUGCAAUAAGAAGAGUACUGAUUUUACGGAAUUUUUGAAUUUUAAGGGCUGUACGCAAGGAAAACAUUCAAAUGAAAAACCAGCGGAUCCAGAAAAGCCCAAACAAUUGACUGACGAUGAGAUUGAAGAGCAAAUCAAGCAACAAGAUAAAAAUAAAACUGUUGAGACAAUCCAGAGGCCUUCAUUUGAGGCACCAUGUACUACUUUAGAACCUUUUAUAAAUCCAUCGUUUAAAAAACAAAUGGAUCAACUAGAUCUGACCAAAAAAAUGGAAGCAUCAUCAAUCGAUGGAUGUAUUGCGAUCGGAACAACUUGUAAAAAUUCUGGAUGUAAAGCAUCCUAUUUAUCACUAUCGUCUAAUGAUGAUUCAUGUGUUUAUCAUCCUGGAUUUCCAAUAUUUCAUGAGGGAUACAAGUUUUGGACUUGCUGUCAAAAGAAAACGAGUGAUUUUCAAGCAUUUCUUGAUCAAGCUGGUUGUGAAACUGGAAAGCACAAAUGGAUAAAAGAUACUAAUAUCAAUAAUGUUAAUUGCCGAUGGGAUUGGCAUCAAACGGCUACGAAUGUAGUUGUUGCAGUCUAUGCUAAAAAUUAUGAUUAUAAGAAGAGCUUUGUGAAACUUAAUCCGAUUCGUUUGAUUGUUAAACUCGUAUUUCCUUUAGAAAACAAUGCUGAGUUUAAUAUGGACAUAGAGCUUCGAGGAGUUGUGGAUCUAGAGAAAUCAUCAGCAAAAAUGUUUGGCACUAAAAUUGAGAUUACUAUGCCAAAAGUUCAAGGCGGACAAUGGGUUAAAUUAGAUUAUCCGAGAGAAACUCCAAAAGAGGAACAGCAACAAGAGUUUUCCAAUAAAAAAGAGGAAUACAGUGAUGAGCCAGUCACAACAAAUGAUGAUGUUGAUUCUGAUGUUGACUUGGACGACUUAGAGCCAGUUCAUGGUGCUAAAAUAUCGGAACUAGCUGCACAAAGUGUUUAAACUUAAUUCAUUAAAAUAAACUAGUUUUUUCAUUGAUAUUCUUUAACCCAAUAACUUGAGUUUAUAUCCAUCCUAGUCUAAAAAAUUUUUAAAUAAAAUAAUAAUUUUUUUCCAUCAA